AUGGCUAAGGUGAUUAAAGUUGCUGUUAAGAAAGGAGAACCCACCGUGGUCACCAGUGUCGAAAAGACUGUUGACGUAGAUGACAAUGGAUCGGUUGCCACGACAGAAGAGUAUCAGAGCCAGGCUCUGUCAAAGAAGGACAAGAGACGUUUAAAGAAAGAGCUGGCUAAGAUACAAGCUGAGAAGAAGGAGGAGAAGCAGGAAGAGGAAGAAGAGCAGGAAGAAGAUGAUGAAGAAGAAGAAGAGGAAGAAGAACAGGGUUUGGACUUGGAUAGACUGGCCAGAAGCGAUUCUGAAGAUGACGAUGAGGAAGAUGACGACGAUGAAGAAGAUGGCGAUGAAGAAGAUGACGAUGGAAAGGACGAGGAAGAAAAGGACGAGGAGGAGGAAGAUGUUCCACUGUCAGACGUGGAAUUUGAUUCCGAUGCAGACGUUGUUCCUCACCACAAACUGACAAUCAACAAUGUCAAAGCUAUGAAGCAUGCUUUGGCGCGUGUUCAACUACCAUGGAAGAAGCACUCUUUCCAGGAACAUCAAUCAGUGACCUCUGCUACAAACACAGACGAAGGCAUGAGAGAUAUCUACGAUGACACAGAAAGGGAGUUGGCAUUCUACAAACAAUCAUUGAGCUCCGUCCUAGAGGCGCGUGAGCAAUUGGCGAGACUAAGAGUUCCUUUCAAGAGACCACUAGACUAUUUUGCUGAGAUGGUAAAGAACGAUGAACACAUGGACAAAAUCAAGAACAAGCUUGUUGUAGAAGCCAGUGAAAAGAAGGCCCGUGGUGAUGCAAGAAAGCAAAGACAACUGAAGAAGUUUGGUAAACAAGUUCAAGUAGCUACUCUACAGAAACGUCAAUUGGAAAAGAGAGAAACUUUGGAUAAGAUCAAGUCCCUGAAGAAGAAGAGAAAGCAGAGUGAGAUAAAUGACGGCGAUUUCAAUGUCGGUAUCGAAGAGGCAACUGAAGAUAACAACCGCCACAAGAUGAAUCACAAGAGGGCCGCUAAGGACGCUAAAUAUGGUAGUGGUGGUAUGAAGAGAUUCAAGAGGAAGAAUGAUGCAGACUCUUCGGCGGACGUCACAGGUUUUUCGCAAAGAAAGAUGAAGGGCAAAUCCUCCAGACCAGGAAAGAGCAGACGUUCAAAGAGGUUCUAA